UGCGCUAGUAUUAGCAAGCGGGAAUUUAUAAAUGCUAACAUUUAAAAAAACUUGGAGGGCGAAAUGUUUAUUUACAAGUUUAUCUUUCGUGUUAUAAAGUAAAGACGCGUCUGUCGACCUGCACAAGUUCAAGGACUUUAUAAGUCCCCAAGGACCGCAUAUCAGCGCUGUAACUUUCAGUCGCUGUUUUCUGUCAGGAAAUAUGGAGAAUAUGGUAAAGGAGUUGAAACGCUGGGCGACCGAAGAGUUUAGUCUUCCCUCGGACAGCUUGCCUAAUGAUAACUACCUAAAAACGCUUUGUGUUGGAACUGGGAAACCAAUAUGGAAGUACAUGACCCAACAUGUUUUCUCACAAAGACACGUGAGGAUCAUGCGUGGCAAUCUUCAAUGGUACAAAGUACUACAGGAGAAAGAGUUGGGGCAGGUUAAAGGCCAGACUGAGGCUGCAAAGCGUAAAGAGCUCCAGAAGAAGAUGGAGCAGCUGAAAGCUGACAUCAGCCACCUGGACUAUCAGAUUAGUGGAACAGAAGAGCAAAUAGCCACACAAGAGCGGUCACUUAGUCAUAUUUGGGCCCAAAUGGAGGACAGCCAGAGCAGAGAGCUGCUUCUGCAGGCCUUUAGGCAGCGCUGCAUCUUGAGCCGUAAGACGCUCGCUGAUGACGUGCAGAAAAUCAGCAGCCACACCCAAGUGCUGGAGCAGUUAGAGAGGAAAGCAGAAACUGAGGUGUUGUUUGAUGAUGGGCUCUAUAGCAGCAAAACUGAUGACAGCUUCAAUUCUCAGCCAGUCGCUGUGGCACAAGUCCUGCGAGAGUUGAGAGAGCUGAGUGAAGCCAGGGUCCACUUCUAUCAGGCUUUACAGGAGCAAGAACUGAAAACACAGAAUUCUGUAGCCAAAACUAUGACACGAGAACAAAGAACAGCUGUGUUUCAGUACUGGCUGAAUGCAGCUGAGAGAGUGUUGAGCAGUUACCCUCCAAGCCACGUCCUCUCAGCACUACAACAUUUAGCUGCGAGAGAGCAACAGGAACUACAGGAGAAAGUAGCUGCUCUGGAUGUGACGCAGGACGUGGCAGCUCUGCGGUUUCAGUAUGAAAGCAAUCACCUUCUAGACGUCUCUGCCAAGGAAGAUGAUGAGCUACCACCUGUGAACACCCUCUUAGAGGCUGCUUGGCAGGAGGUGCAGCAGAGUUUGGUGGAGUUGUCUCGGACUCGCUUCAGAGUCCAGCGGCUCAAAAGUCUGUUGCAGGCUCGUAAAACGGAGGCAGAGCAAGAGGUGUCCGGGACUCUAGAGGAGCUCCACAAUGAAACCACGGCCCUGUCAGCGUUGGAGGUGGAGCUGCGGUGCGUGAUGCAGGCAGCAGCUCGGGAUCACAUCAGGGACAGAUGCAGCCAGCUCGACCAACACGCCAAGAACCGUCAGGAGGCGCUGAGAAAGCUUCGCAGCCAGUGGCAGAGCGUUCUGGACUUUAGAGAACUAGUGGCUCUCAGACAGGAGCAGAUCAGAGAUCUCAUUAAUGGAAACUCAACAGCCAAAACGCAGCUGAUUUGUCUUCAUAAAGAGCUGCAAGAAGUCACCGAGAUCAAGCUCAUGCCACACUUUGAAGAUGUGAUCACAGCAGCUAACAAUCUACGAAACUCUAUUUCUAAAGAGGCCAAACAGUUUGGGACAGUGUCGCUGCUUUCUCUGGACCGCAGGACUGUAGAUGGAAUGCAAAGAGUUCCUGCGUCCUUGUUGUCCAUUCACCGCCUGCAGUCCUCGAGUUUCAGCAACUUUUGUCAGAACCUGGCAUUUCCUUUGUACAAGGCUCCAGAAGAGUUGUGCUCCCAGGUGCGAUCCCAGCAGCUCGAGCUGCGUUUUCUCCGCGAGUUGCUGCAACUCUACUCUGCUACUCUGCAGAAAGUACAGAAAGAAGCAGAACAGCUACAUGCAUCUGAUCAAAAAGCUCUGCUCUCCAGAGUCACGGAGCAGGAUCAGAAGCUUCUGAAGUCUCUGCUUCCAAGAGCCAGAGGCCUCACACACCGCUGUGCACAGGGUCUUUCUUAUGGAGCUCAAGUCAAGGCUGCCGUCUUAUACUGGUGGGACAAGCCAGCCCAGAAUGUCCUGCCUGACAUCACUAAAGGCGGACUCACUUUCCAGCAGUGGCUUCAAAGGUGGAAACUUGCUGCCAAAGCCACAUAACACACUGCUUUUAGGCACAAAAUUUUUACACCGUUAUAGUUAGAAAACGCAUCAGUAUGAGCUAAAGUCUUCUGUACUGUGCAUUCUCAUCAUUACGAUUAAUGUUUAUUAUGUGAAAGUCUUUAAUAAAUCAUAGCAUUUGAAA